UCGAGUUUCAUGCCCUAGGUCAUGGCAACGAUCGUGUUUCGGAUGCUGGCAUUCCUCAUCGUCGUCUUGUCUCUGGAGCGCAACAGCAAGGUCGGAAAUGGCCAGAUUUCUCUAUGGCAGGGCGCUGAUCUCCUCACGCGAUUGGAUGUCGGGAGUGCGAAUUUCUCCAUCCAGGAUGCCGCUGAGCCAGCUACGGCAGAUUGUUUGGCGGAGCUCGGGUCAGGAACUCGCAGUUUCUGUGGUGUUGCGCCUCCCUUGCAUCCAGCUCCAACUCAAGGUCCAAAGGAGGGGGUUCCAGCUCCAGGACAGGAGGAAGCUCCAGGGCAGCAAGCUCCAGCUCCAGCUCCAGCUCCAGGGCAGCAAGCUUUAGCUCCAGAAGUUCCAGGUUCAAGACCUCCAACCAUUCCAGCGCCACAGAAAGCUCCGGCUCUAGCUCCAGGACAGGAGGAAGCUCCAGGGCAGCAAGCUCCAGCUCCAGCUCCAAGACCUCCAACCAUUCCAGCUUUAGUUGUAGGGCAGCAAGCUCCAGCUCCAGGGCAGCAAGCUUUAGCUCCAGAAGUUCCAGGUUCAAGACCUCCAACCAUUCCAGCUCCACAGCAAGCUCCAGCUCCAGCUCCAGGACAGGAGGAAGCUCCAGGGCAGCAAACUCCAGCUCCAGCUCCAAGACCUCCAACCAUUCCAGCUUCAGCUCCACAACCAGGGAUCACUCUCCCGGGUGUUGGGGGUGGUGGAUUUGGUGGGCUUGGCAGCGGUGGUGAUGCCCUACCUCCAUCUCCACCACAAGCUCCAUCUCCAGCAGACUCUCAAGCUCCAUCUCCGGCAGACUCUCCAGCUCCAGAUGAAGAAUACCCGUGGCCUAGCCCGGGAAACACUUGGUAUAAAAGCUCCCCGGUUCAACAACCAGGACCAGAGUUGGCAGAUGAUCCCGAUGACAAUGACGAGCCGGAAGACUUGCCGGCAGUAGCUCCAGGCGUGUCUCCUCCAGCUUCUCCAGGUGCAAAGCCGCCUCCUUCUCCAGCUCCUCCAGCUCCUCCAGGUGCAAAGCCGCCUCCUCCUCCAGCGGCAGGCGUGCCUCUCCCAGCUCCUUUCUUGUGGCUCCCCCUGUCCUUUGGUUUGGGCACGGUGGUACUCUUUGGGAUUCUGAUCUACGUGAUUAGAGAGAAAGGCGAAGGCCUUGUCUUGUGAGAGAUGAAUGCAGCGGGUCGCUAAAGGUUGGGUUGAAGGAGAAACAAUACCGUGAAUAUCCUAUAUCGUUGCUAUUCGAUUCGAGCUA